AUGCUGCAUGUCGAGGACAGGGAGCUUGAGGCCCAAAAGCCCGUGUUGCAGCUCCAUCGGGUGCUGAGUGCUAGCCGGGUGGAAUUUUUCACCUUGAGAAUGAAGUGGAUACACCGCUCAGAGGGUUUACACCCACGGACCCUCGAGUCUGAGACGAUUCGUGCCUUUGAGGAGGAUUGGGUGCUGCGUCUACGUCUGAAAAGAGCUGGGGAAAAAAUCACCGUCAGCGGCCAGCUAUUGCUUUCGACUACCCCACGAGUGUCCCUCAUGGUUGACCAUUUGAUCCAGAUGCCGCAGAGUGUCUGCAGCGCCAAGCAGCUGCACGACAUACGCCCGCGUAUCUACCGCCAUAUUUUCGAUUCAACCGGCAAGUGCGCAAACCGCCAGGAGCUUCCCUUGGCGGGACCUCAGGCCCUGUACCGGCUAUUUGCCAUGACCCGGAUCCAGCUCCGUUUGUGGAUGUUUUUGCAUUAUUGA